CUCAGUUUCGCAGAGUCUGCCGACGCGUUCGCGUCCUUUCGCGGAAGUCGACGCUAUCCUCAUCCUGUCGGGGUGCGCUUUCGUGCAAGGGAGUACCGUAACGAUCUCCGAACGAGAAACAGUCGCAAUGAUCCGUCGAAUGUCGCAUUUCCGACACGCUCUUCUCUCCGAAAGUGCUGCCGGUAAACAAAUCGCCCAGAAGUCGAAUUAGAACUCUCGCGCUAGGCAAUCCACCUGAACGUUUGAUACAAAUUGACGCGCGGAUGUCAUCGGCGAACACAAUAAUUUUCUAAUAAACAGAUCAUGUACAAAUUAUACGAUUUCUGAGAGUCAAGUAACUGGAAAGCGUUCGCAAGUGAGUAUUUAUGUGCCGUCUCUCUCGACAAUAGUGUCUGUAAACACCGUUAUUUUUCGCUUCCUCUAGUAGAUUCUUAAAUCCAUAUUGACCGAGAAUAUCUUACUUUUGUGCGAGCACAAAUUUUCUUACAGCACGAAUUUUUCGAUUAUUUCCGACAUAUCUCUCAAUUUUACUCUGAUCUGAUGUUGUCGAUGCGUCAGAAGAAAUACUGAGAAAAUUAUGAAUUCUCUUAAAUAUUUCAUUACAAAUACGUGCGCGGGUAAUAAGAGUGUAAUCUUAUAGCAUGGCGGAAAUUUGCACAGAAGAAAGACCAUUACGGUUACGAGCCCUCGAGAGGCAGGAUAACCAUGCAACUUUUCAUCGCGAAGCAGCUAAAUGUGACCGCGCUUUCGCGAGUAACGUUAAAAUUUCAUUGCGCAUUUCCGCAUUCAUUCUUUUCGACGACAACGCGAGGAAAAGAGCUAACGCCAUAGUAGCUCCUCGCAAGCGGAUUAGAUUUAAUGUUGUUUUUGGCAAUCCGCCCAGCAAGUAAUAAUUUCGAUAUGGAUCGCAAUGUGAGCGGGGAGCGCGCGCGAGCGGUAUAUACGACGAUAAAUCCCAGCGCGGUGACAUUACGAGAGCCCAACGCCGAAUAAGUCCGCGGUAUUUGCAUUCGUAUCUGAGGAAAAUGAGUAUGCGUAAUUUGGCUUCUCGUCCGGCUUCUCGCUCAGCAUACCAAAACUAGCGUGCCACUUCAUCUUGUGCGAGUGAUCGUUUUACGUGGAAGGAGAAAAUUCGAGAUAUAGAACAAACUUUUUCGUAGGAAAAACUGACUAAAGGUUAGGUCGGACGAAAUCAGUUUCGGGAAAUUUGUAAUUGCAAGAAAACAUGGGUCUCUCUUCUCUUUCAGCGAGAAUCAUAGCAAGUGAUUCGACGAAAAUGAGAUUUUGCCGUUAAAAGAGCAGGGUCGAGUGAAAAGCUAUUCUUCCAAGCAAUUGAUUUUACGUUGUACGUGGCCGGUAAAAUAUUUUAAUCACUGAGCUUAUCGAAACCUAUUAGUAUACGAUUUACGUUAUAAUGAAGUAAAACACGGAGAGACUGCUUAAUUCGUACAAAAGGUGCGAAAAUGUGAGUUCAAUUGUUCUCGAGCGGAUCGUGGAGGUGCCGCGAGUAGAUGUCAUAUCACGGCAAUAAAAAACGCGAUAGAGGUUAACAGGACAUUAGCACUUUUCUUUAUUGGUUUGCGCUUACCGCGGUUACAUGGAAAGUAACGAUAAAAAAUUCUCGGUAAAGACAGUAAUUGCGUCGUUUUCUCGCCCAAUGAUUAAAACUUGAGUGAACGAGAAGUUGUCGCACUUAUGUAAAGUAAGAUAAACGCGGAUCAGUUUGAUAUUUUAAUUCAUGAAAUCAUAAUUCGCGCGCAACCAAUUCUUUCGUGCAAACAAAGUUGCCUGAUCGAUAUUUUCUCGUCAUGCGAUCAAGGGUGAUAUUUUGCUAUAAUUUUUUGUUAUAAUUGAUAUAACAAUAUUGUUAACGACAUUUCCCUCUAGAUACUCUACGAACCCACUGAUUUAUCUGUAAACUCCACGCGAUUGCUUAGCUCUCGUUUAUUAUCAUUACUUUCCCCUUCGCUUCUCACAUAGGUGAUUAAGUUUAUUCGCUAAUACUCAUUACACUGCUCUGCUAUUCCCGUGCAAAUUGUUUGUCAGCGACAUCGAUUUAAUUGGAUAUCUAUGUAUAGCGCAACCUUGCAAGUGCACUGAGAGAAUCAAUUUCAUUAAAUUUUGCAUCUUUGAGAAGACAAAUGUGAAAAUUUAAGGAGGUUUGGCAGGAGCGGUUCUGGACUGUUAGAUAGGUAUCGUGGCUUAGGCAUCUAUGGCAUGUGGUUAGCUUUGUGCGAUUAGGACACGAACUUGAUGUUAUAUCGAAGUCACGGAGCUCAAGUGCAUAGCGCGAGGACAAUAUAUUAUAUAUCCGGUAUAGCCGGCACACGAUCCGUUCCAGACUGUGUUUUUUAUUCUGUACGUGCGAAAUUGAUUGCAAUAAAGCUUUGAGAAGCGCAAGAAUGCAUAAUAUCUGGUUCAGAUAAAUUCUCCACGUUGAGGUCACGCCGAGACAAGCCAUGGAGUAAGGAGAAAAAGGACGAACUCUCUUGUUAAGAAUAGUGUUCUUCAUAAGUUGAGCGUAUAUCAAGCAGCAGUUUUAAAAGACUUUGGAAGGAUGUUUUACGUCAACUUUCGGACUUUCAACGUAAGAACGAAUGGAUAAAUGAAUGAAUAAAUGAAUGCUUGCUUUAAAUCAAUGAAUGUCCAUCACUAUGCCGAUACAACGAAACGACGCGCCUAAAUUGCAAACGAAACGUUUGCCCAACACGUGAUUCCUGGAGGAGAUCACGAUAUUGGCGUUCUCGGUAUAUAUCACACGGAGGAUGCAGACGUAAGAUCGCAACAUGAAUCUCGCCGUGUCGACGAUCGCCGUUUGGCUGGCAUCUGUGACACCUCGUUUGAGCUAUGCGGUCGACGAUGCGGACUAUUAUUCAUCCGAUCGUUUCGAAUACGCCAACCUCACGAACUGCACGAACGACUAUUGCAUCUCGGACGAGGAUUAUCUCGAGCUGAUGGUGGAACACAUCUUCCCGAAGCUGCCCGACUGGGUGUUGAUUGCGAUGCACAGCGUCGUCUUCGUGGUCGGCCUGAUUGGCAACGCGCUCGUCUGCAUGGCUGUCUACCGGAAUCACUCGAUGAGGACUGUAACCAACUAUUUCAUCGUGAACCUAGCAGUGGCCGAUCUGCUCGUCCUGCUCAUCUGCCUGCCGCCGUCGGUGCUCUGGGACGUCACGGAGACCUGGUUCCUUGGUCUGAAACUCUGCAAGGCUGUGCCUUAUCUUCAGACAGUAUCGGUGAGUGUGAGCGUUUUGACGCUGACUUUCAUAUCGAUCGACCGGUGGUACGCCAUAUGCUUCCCGCUGCGGUUCAAGUCAACGACUGGCCGAGCAAAGACAGCUAUCAUAAUCAUCUGGUUGAUAGCGCUGCUUUUCGACAUUCCGGAAUUGCUGGUGUUACACACGGUGCCGUCGAAUAGUCGGGUAGAGACUAUCCUAUUCACGCAAUGCGUCUGGUCCUGGAGUCAAGAGAGUCAAACUACCUUCACGAUCGUCAAACUGAUCCUCUUGUAUACCGGGCCGUUACUCUUCAUGAGCGUAGCGUAUUGGCAGAUUGUGCGCGUCCUUUGGAGAAGCGAUAUUCCUGGACAUAAUCUGUCCACUAGAGUAUGCCAUUCAAACGAGAUCCCAUUGUCCGGGGGUGGAAAUCCGGAGGGUCAAUUGAGAUCCCGACGGAAGGCGGCAAAAAUGCUGGUCGCUGUGGUCCUCACCUUCGCGAUAUGUUUCUUUCCGGUCCACUUACUGUCUAUCCUAAGGUCUACCAUUGCGUUACCGUCAAAUCAAUGGACAAUCGCUGUCAGUCUGAUCGCUCACUGGCUUUGUUAUUUCAAUAGCGCGGUGAAUCCUGUCAUCUAUAAUUUUAUGAGCGGAAAAUUUCGGAAGGAAUUUAAGCGUACCUUUCGGUGUUUCCCCAACAGCAGAACUUGCGCCUACAAGCAUGGAUACGUAACGGGUGUCUUGGAUCCUCUCAAACAGCGAUCUCGGACUAACACAAGAUCGAUUCAUACGAUGUCCAAUAAUAACAAUGUUCAACAAAGUACCGAGGUUAUACCUCUUAGUGCUAUAAUCAACAUGCCGCAAAAUGAAAAACUUGGAUGAAAUUUCGUGCGAAGCAUAAUACUGCAAAAUAUGAAAAAACUUUCCUUUGUGAAAUUGAGAUGAACUCGAUCCAUACGACGCUAUCUUUUAUUCAAUAUUAGCUUCUAAAUAAAGAGUUACAAGAUAUUAGUCUGUGCGAUAUC